AUAAUUGCGCAAACACUUCAUUGUAUUCCAUAUUGACUCUUUCUACGAUGAGAGUGGGUCAGGAUGGAGUGUACCAGCUUCCACGGGGGUGACGCCCCGGUAGUGCAAACAAAAAAGUGAAAAUAGUUGUGACGAUGCGAAUUUAUAUUGAUCCCCCGAUCUCGACUAUAGGCACUUUUGCCUUUGCGCUCUGUUUCAUAGUUCCUUAGGAAGGUCCCAACCACCCCUGCAUCAUCAUGCGAAUGAUUGUCGCGUUCGCCCUGCUCACCCUAGCCGCGUGCUCGUCGGCCCAGGUCAUCGGUUUCGGCGGGUGCCCCGAAAUCCGAGCCGUCGAGGAAUUCGACUUCAACCGCUAUCAGGGACGAUGGUUCCAAAUCGCUCGCUUCUACAACGCACCCGAGGAAGAAGUACGAUGUCAGUCAGCCAAUUUCACCCAGAAGGACGGGUACCUGGUCGCACAGGAGCAAGGCGUGUACGGCGAGGAGCCCUACUCCUAUCCAAUUCCAAUAUACAGGGCAAGGGAUGACGAGUCAGGCAGACUCUACUAUGCCAGCGAGUCCGAUCCUGGUGAAUUCUCUGUGAUCUACGUCGACUACGAACGCUUCAGCCUGAUCCACAUCUGCAAAGAGUACCUCUGGGGCUUCAUCAACGUCCAGAACAACUGGAUCACCGCCCGCCAACGCAGGAUCUCGGAAGAAGGAAUGGCCCGCGUCCACCGGGUCGUGACCGAAAUGGGCAUCAACUUGACCAAAUUCAAGAGGACCGACCACGAGGGUUGCCCACGCGUGGAAGGCGAGGAGGAGAUCGAUGACGGGACGGGUGAAGGUAGCGACACCGUUGAUGAGCCAGUCAGACAGUAGGAUGAGUUGGAUAUCUACCUUCCACCUCUCGACUUCUAUGAUAACGACUUUCGGGGACGCAAUUAAUUAAACCCCCAACGGACCCUAUUAACGGACCUCUCUCUCAACGGACCGAACUAUAAUUAUUGCUUCUAAUCACCAAUGAAACAUUUUCUUCGCAAUAUCCGUGAUUCUAUAAUAAAGAUUCCAAUUAUAUCUCCUUCCAACCCUUAUUUUUCAAUCUCCAAAAAUACGUAGAGUUUGUUUUCAUUGUUUGAAUUUGAUAGAAAAUAAUGUGUUCAUACACUUUCGACUAUCAGCAUAAAGAUGGAUUUGUCAUAAUAAUUGUGAUAAUGAAAAAGCAUAGUACAAAAAACUGUCAUAUCAACGAACUGAUCAUCUGUAUUUUCGUUUCAAACUUCAAUAAAGUAUAUAAUUUAACAAAAUUUUAUACGCAAUUGAUAA